AUGGACAGUGUGAACAUUGCCUCUUCAUCGCUUGCCCUCGAGCUUUUGGCUGGCUUUGCAUGCAACAGCGUUACAAAUACCGGUACGGCGGCGGUGAUGAGGGCUCUUGACUAUGCUCAAAAGAUUCGUCAGGCCCCCUGUAGAUUUUCUGAGUCUUGUUUGAUAUUUUUGAAUGCCUUAUUGUUUCCGGAAAAUGAUGCCGACGAAAUAACCACCACGCUUACCAUUCGUCAGCACUUUUUAAACCAGCUCUAUCAGUGUGGACUUGAGGAGAAGAUUUUAAAUCUAUUCUGCAAAGAAGAAAGCAGACAUGCUUUCCAGCAGCUGGAGCCCUUCAGCUCCAUUAUUUCUAAGCUUGUAAAGGAUGUCCACAAAAUUCCGCUCAAUUUACAUCGCGAAAUCGAUAUUCAGGUCUUUUUGACAUCUAUUCGGGGCUCGUGCUACGAGAGUACGUUUAAUUCUAUUAUGGGGAUGUUUUCGUCCAUACGGGACGACAGUAGCGUGAGACUAGCAAUAUUUUCCAUCAUUCAAUCCUUUUUGGAGCAUCUUUUAUAUAACAAAACCCUCCUUGAUCCGUCUUUUACAGAGCUAUUUUCGGUUGACUUGUCUUUCAUCCAAUCUUCCCUUUCGUUCAGUUUGAGCACAAAAGAGGAUCCUCCUUUUAAAGAUGUGGGUUCAAUCGAUAAUAAAAAUAGCGUACCUGUGGAAGUCUCCUCAAUUGAGGAAAGCAAGCAUCAAAUUGAUAUCAAUUCAAGGGAAGAUACACCAUCUAUUCCUUAUACGAAGACACAUUUAACGAAGAGUCCCGUCGUUGAUGAAGGGACCCAGCUCCUUACAGCUCCCCAUGAAGACAGCAUAAAAGCUUGUGUGGACCCAAAUGCAGCGGCUGAAACUGUUUCUUUGGGGCUAGAAAAAUUACAAAUCUGCCAUCCACCUAUGCCGCCGCCCCUACCCUAUAAAAAGUCUCUUGAGAAAUCUACAGCACCGCCACUUCUUUUAAAUAGUUCAUUGACUUCUCAAGAUACUCCUCUUGCUAUUGUCUCCUCGGUUUUACCAUCCUCUUCCUCUUCCUUUUCUUCUCCUCCUCCUCCACCACCACCUCCACUGCCGAAAAAUUUGAUGCCCGUUCCCAAAAAAUCUUCAACUCAAACCCCAUUGCCCCCACCUCUUCCUAUUAAAGUAGCAAGAGACUUUCAGACCCCUUCAUCACCCCAUUCAAUUACAACCCCAGCAAUUGAGUCAAAAUCAUCUACAAUUGAAAUUACAAGCCCUUCAACGCCAUACAUUGGUGACGUUCAAUCUUCAACCUGCUCACCAUCAGGUUUGGCCAAUGUUAUCUCGGUAAAACCUUUGAAUUGGGAAAAGUUGCCAAAAGCAAAAAUUCACGGCUCCAUUUGGGAAUCAAUUAAUCAUAUCGACGCUUUUCCCAAUCAAGAUUUAUCUCAAGUGUCCCCCUCAAUUGGCUCUUCCGGAAGCCCCAGGAUUAAGAAAGCCUCUCUUGAGCUACAAAGGGCUCAAAACCUUAACCAUGCCAUUGUUAUCGACGCAAUUAGAGAUAUGGAUAUCCUUUUUUUAAAAGACGAAGAUUUGAUCAGAGAUCUUUCAAAAUUUGGCCCUAAAUUCCCGGAGGACGGCCUUGAAAAUAUAAUUAAGGCCGCUGAUCAAAUUCAAAAUAGCGGGGCUCUCAGGCGUUUAUUAUCGCAUAUUCUCCUGGUUGGAAAUGCGUUGAAUUUGGGAAACCAUAGGGGAAAUGCAUGUGGAUUUAAGCUUUGUAGCCUGCAAAGAUUAUCCGAUAUGAAAUGCAACAAUGGCUCCUCGAGCUUGCUUCAGUUUAUCAUUGAAGAUGUUCUAUCUUCCGAGCUUGAUGAUGUGUUGAUGCCACUUUCCGAUCUUUAUUGUGAAUAUGAAAACUUAAAAUCAAAUAUCCAGCUUCUUGAUGGGAUUGGCUCAAAUUCGAUGACAUUGCAGUUUUUCAAGAAGGCUACUUUAGAAAUCGAGAAUUUGAAAGUUGUAUUGGACACUGCAACGUCGUGCACUGCACAGACAUUAAGAUAUUUUGGUGAAGAACCAGACAGUCUUUCAUUUGAAGAACUGUUACAGUUGCUGCUAAAUUUCCUGAUCUCCCUCAAGGUAUUUUUUGUAAUCUUACCAAAGUCUAUAACUACCGGUAUCAUGAAAAGGCGGUUUUAUAACGAAAGCUCUAUUCGAACCUCUGGGCACACUAAGAUGCAAUCUUCAAAGGAAAAUCGGUAUGAUGCACAUGGCGAUUUUGAUUUGCUUGUAAAUGAACUUAAAAGCCGGCUCCUUUAUUCAAGCUAA